AUGCAAAUUGCUGCGACGGACUCGCUAUUUGACACCCGAAAGAAACAGAUCACUGGGUUAUGCUACGCCGCCAUCGGCUGCUUCGCCGUGGACUAUGUUUCUCUGUUCCUGGGGAUAUCCAUGUUUUUUCCAGUAGUCAUGGGCCUAAACAUACUUGCACACUUCGUGGGCACGAUUCUGGUCGUCCUCUUCUACACAGACAACUGGAACUACGAUUCAUUCGCGGCAUUCUUCGCAAUCUUCAAUGUCCUUCCAAUGAUACUAGAGUUGUUCAUACUGGUGUUUGUGACAAGGUUCUCCUUUUUGAAAUACUAA